CUGAGGCAACUUCUAGAUCAUUCUCCUUCUUGAGAUUAGCGGCAUAACCUAGGCAUCGGAGGUAACCCCAUAAAUAUAAUACCCUGAGCCUUCACUUGUUUCUCUGGUGCAAGUCCGUGAAUGUCGUGAGCAGGAGUGCGGAUCACGUUAUUAACACCCUCUAUCUUUGUCUGUUUGCUACCCUUAUACAGAGUCAGUCUCCAAAAAACUUGCUAAACGUAUAUCAUCUAUCCAUAUUGGUAAUCCUCUCUGUCUGGAAAAGUUUUGGGGUGUGUAGAUAUCGACUUAGUUUGUAGAGACAAGAUUGAAACUGGGGCUUGAUUGUGUUUUUAGUGGAAGAGAAUUACCCUGAAAAUGGUUUGUGGACCAUUCAUGCGACACGGGCUGCUGGCAUGUUACAAUUUCUAUCGCACUUAAACGAGAGUGGCUUUGGAGCUUGGAAAGUGGUUAUUUAAAGAUACUUUCAAAUUAGGAUACCAGUUGAGCAAAUUUAAUUUCAAAUUAUCCAUGAGGCGGCAAUUUGAUUUGAUAAGGUGUAGACUCUAGUUAUCUCAAUAACAAAGGAACAACAAAAGAACAACAAAAUUCAUAUCAUGUGAAGUGAAACUAAAUUCACGCCAUCGAUUUCUACUGUUUAAGUUGCUUUUUUAGGAAUCUUUUAAGGGCAAUAAGUUCUGUGCAUUUUAAUCACAAUUUCAACUCAAUAUUCAGGGCCUAUAUGUGGAAUUAGAUUCAGUGAUGGUCGUAAACUGGAUUACCCACAAAUCUUUCCGCCACCUUGGAGAUAUUAUACAUUGUGGGAUGAUAUUUUACAGCUUUGCUUUCACAUCUCUUUUUUCAUUCAUCAUGUUUAUAGGGAGGGAAAUGGCUGAGCUGAUGGAGUGGCGAAUCUUGGAGCAAAUGGUCUCAAUGCUUCUUAUCCCUCUAUCUCUCAACUGCCAAGACCCCUAUUGGGACUCUUCAACUUGGACAGAUAAGAAGUUGUUCAUUGCAUCUAAGGAAUGGCACCAACAAUUGAGUCAGUUAAUCAGGGGAAUGGAGGUUUUGAGGGAAAUAAUAAGCGCAGCGACAGGUUUGUCAAGGCGACCUGGAAGAAUAAGUUGACAGCACUUGUGGUGGACAACGGAGAAUUAUGCCGAGUACUAGAGAGGGAAAACCUACGUGCCUAUGGUGUGGAAACAGUAGCUGUGGAGACAGGGGAGGCUGCAGUAGAGCUCAUUGCUUCUGGAUCAACCUUCAAUCUUAUUUUCAUUGACAUGUAUCUGCCUACCAUGAGUGGACCUGAGGCCGUGAGGCAGAUUCGUGCCAUGGGUGCCCGCAGCAAGAUUAUAGGUCUUACUGCAUUUAUUACUGAAAAAGAUGAACAGGACUUUUUUGCAGCUGGAAUUGACGAGUUCUUUGAAAAGCCACUUGAUCCAGAUUGGUUCGUCCCAAUUAUAAGGGAGGUGGACAACCAGAUAUGAAGCACAUAUAUAUAUAUACCAAAGUAGAGGACUCAAUUCUCAUGCAGGUCCUAGUGUCGUACCUUCAGUCUCCUUGUUGUAAUCGUUUUCUAUGUUGUUCUGGGAUGUAUUCUGUUGUCAUAGACAAUUGAAGUACAUCUGCAGAAUUAGUAAUAACAGCAUUAAAAAUGCUUGUCUGUUUUCGUGUCUUUGUCCUUGUCUUUGUUUGUUGAAAGAAUAUAAAUGGAAUUGGGUCCUCGUUAAGUUUA